AUGGAAGAACGAAGAUUGCCACCUCAUCUAAGAAGAACUCAAUAGUAAUAGCCAAUCAAUCGAGAACCUGAAAAACCUGUGUAAUAACCUCCAGUGCAGCAAAGAUAAGCAAAUGCAUACUAAUAACCAUAGCAUGAAAAUCCUUAAUAAUAAUAAUAUGCAGGCCAAUAAUAAUACCCAUAAUAAUAGCAAUAUCAACCAUAAUAAAAUUUUCCUGCAUAAUAGACUGAGUAAUAGAGAAAACCAUCAAAAAUUGAUGUUGACCAAAUUCCUAGACCAUACAUAAAAGCAGAAGAAUCUAUUACUUAUUAAUAGUUCUCCACAGCUCCUGCACCUUUGUAUCAUCCUCCAUCUGUUCAUUAAUUUUAUUAAACCUUUGAUGAGGGAAAUUGUGGACCAAGAUAUAUGAGAAGUUCAGUCUAUGCAAUAGGAAAUGAACCAUCCAUUCUAUAAUAAACAGAGAUUCCAUUUGGUAUAGUGGUUCAACCUCUAAUGGAGCCAUCUCUGUUUGAAUAAGAAAUCCCAUAAGUUGAAUUCACGAAUGAGCCAUUGCGUUGCUAGAGAUGUAAAGCCUAUGUCAGUCCUUACUUUUAAUUUUGCGAUGGGGGUAAUAGUUAUGUGUGUAACAUUUGUAAAAUGAAGAAUUAAGUGCCACCUGAUUAUUAUUGUGUUUUGGGUUAGGGAAAUUAAAGAGGAGAUAAAUUUUAAAGAGAUGAAUUACAUAAAGGUUGUUAUGAAAUAAUAGCUCCUACUAGUUAUAUUAAAAAGGAAAUAAAGAAUACCUUAAUACUACUCUGUAUAGAGUUGACACAGAUAUCAGUAGCUAAAGGUGUGUAUUCUUAAGUGAUAUCUUCUCUUCAAUCCAUAUUGGAUACAAUUCCAUAUCCAGAUAAAACAGACAUUGCCUUUAUAACAUUCGAUUCAAAGAUUUAAUUUUACAACAUUCCCUAAACCUUAACUGGGGAACCUCAAAUAAUCGUUGUGAGUGAAAUCGAUGAAGCUAAUGUGCCACUUCCACCUGAGAAGUUAUUCCUAAACAUAGAGAAUGACAGAGAUAAAAUCGACUAUAUGCUAGAGAAACUCAGUAAGUUUGGGGAAACUAUUACUCAAUAGGCAAAUUAACUUGUUUCUGUUGGAACAGUGUUAUCAAAUGCAGUCUAAUUGAUGUAACCCAGAAGUGGACGUAUAUUGUAUUUUGGAUGUUCAGCACCAAGAUAUGGAAUAGGCAAACUACCAUAAAAACCAACUGACACUAAAUUAUUUGGAACUGAUUAAGAGAAGUUGUUUUAUUAACCUAAUGAUCAAGCUUAUGUCAAAUUAGGGUAAUCAUGUCUUAAAAAUCAUAUCUCAGUUGACCUGUUUAUAGCAAAUGACGAGAACUUUGAAUUAGCCACAGUUUCACCUGUGUCAAACAUCACAGGGGGAAGCAUUUAUUUUUACCCGCAUUAUAAUUAAUAAAUUAAUGGAACAGAAUUGCAUUAUGCCUUAUAUAGAAAUCUUACAAGGUCUUAUGCAUAUGAUCUCAUCAUGACUGUUAGAACUUCUCCAGGAAUCAUAUUGUUUGAUUAUUUUACAGGUAGUGGAAAGAUAUCUGUAAGAGAUUUGGAAUUGUCUACUCUAAAUUCAGAUCAAUCCAUUGCAAUUAUGUUGAAGUAAGAGGAAAAGAUAUUGGAUCCUGAAGCUUACAUCUAAUAUGCUUUGUUGUAUACUAAUCAAUAAGGAUAGAGAGUAAUAAGAGUGUUUAAUUUACAAUUAUAAGUUGUUAAUAAGAAUAGUGGAAACAAUGCAUGGCAUAACAUUUUCAAAACUGGGGAUGUCGAUUGCAUAGCCUCUUUAUUAAGCAGAAAGAAUCUACCGAACAUUAUGGUUCAAUAAAUUAGGCAAAUUAGACAAACUCUAUUCGAGUCAGUUGUUAAUAUCUUACAUGCUUAUAGAAAAUAUUGUUCAAGUAAUAGUCCUGCGGGGUAGUUGAUUUUGCCAGAAGCUAUUAAAAUCUUACCUCUAUAUUUAUAAACUUUGGCAAAACGCGAUUUACUCAAAUAUGGAAAUGUUAGGAUAGACAAUAGAAUCUUUGAAAUUCAUUUAGUGUUGACUCAAUCAAUGCAUUUCCUGACUAACUUCUUUUAUCCAAAACUAUUCCCAAUUCAUGAUAUUAAUAAUUAACUUGUGGCUGAUAAAUAUUAUGUUGGUACUCUGACUGAUGACGAAAAGACAGUUUUGCCUCAUAAUAUUGCAACCACAAUUGAUAAAAUUAAACCAGAUGGUAUUUACCUUUUAGAUACAAGCUAAUUUAUAUAUAUUUAUGUAGGAUAGAAUGCAGAUUAGUAAUUAUUAUAGAAUCUUUUUGGAGUGAAUUCUUUUGCAGAACUAAGCUCGAUCGAAUUGUUUACAAAAAUAGAGACUGAUUACAGUACCAAGGUCUAAAAUAUCAUUGAGUCAUUAUAGCAGACCCGAGGUGGAACUUAUGUUCCUGUAAGAGUUGUUCGCUAAAAUUCUCCAUAGGCUUCUUUAGUAUAAUAAAAAUUAGUUGAGGAUGAAUAGCAACUUGAAAAAUCAUAUGCGGAUUAUCUAUGUGAAUUGCAUGGAGCUAUCUAAAAUAAAGGAGGUGUGUGA